AACUGUCAGAUCGGUCUGAACUUCGCCAGUGAAGAAGAGGCCAAAAGAUUCAGAGCGGCCAUCAACGACCUGCUGAACCGACGGCAGCGCAAAACCGAGAAGAGAGGUGACCCUAAAAAUGGUCCAGCGCUGCACAUUGCCACUGUGGACAUCAAGAACCCGGAGAUCAACAACAGCCGCUUCCACAACUCUCACAGCCAGCAGCAGCCGUACCACCUGAACAACAUGCUCCACCGGAAGGACAAGAAGGCCAAAGCCAGCAAGAAGAAGAAGCUGACCAAGGCGGACAUCGGCACGCCGAGCAACUUCCAGCACAUCGGUCACGUGGGCUGGGAUCCAAACACAGGAUUUGAUCUGAACAACCUGGACCCGGAGCUGAAGAACCUGUUCGACAUGUGCGGCAUCUCCGAGGCUCAGCUGAAGGACAGAGAGACAUCAAAGGUCAUCUACGACUUCAUCGAGAAGAAGGGAGGAGUGGAGGCCGUGAAGAACGAGCUGAGGAGGCAGGCUCCCCCUCCCCCUCCCUCUCGUGGCGGCGCCCCCCCUCCUCCUCCUCCUCCUCCUCAUCAUCACAACUCCUCGACUCCUCCCCCUCCCCCUCCCCCCCCGUCCAGAGGGGGUCGUGGUGCCCCUCCUCCUCCCCCUCCGUCCAGAGCCCCGGCCUCAGCUCCUCCCCCUCCGCCUCCCACCAGACCGGGAACUCUUGGAGCUCCGCCUCCUCCUCCUCCCCCCAAUAGAGGAGGUCAUCAUCAACCCCCUCCUCCUCCCCAUCACCACCACCACCAUCAACAACAACAACAAACACAACAACAUCAACCUCCUCCUCCCCCACCUUCCUCUCACUCCUCUUCCUCCCAACAAGCCCCGCCCCUUCCCCCUCCCCCAAUGUCCCAGCAGUCUCCAGUUGGAGGUGGAAAUGGUGGUUUUUCUCCAUCACAACCUCCUCCUCCUCCACCUCCUCCUCCACCUCCAGGCCCUCCUCCCCCUCCAGAGUUGGACGGAGGUGUUUCGGGAGGAGGAGGAGGAGACUCCCCUAAAUCCCCCGGAGAGAAGACGGCGCUUUUGGACCAGAUCCGAGGAGGAACGCAGCUGAAGAAGGUGGAGCAGAACAACCGAGCGCCGGCAACUGGAGUGGGGAGGGACGCCCUGCUGGACCAGAUCCGACAGGGGAUGAAGCUCAAGAACGUUCCCGAUCAGCCCGAGUCCGGCCCUCUGUCAGCGGCUCCCAGCGCCGGCAUCGUGGGCGCUCUGAUGGAGGUGAUGCAGAAGAGGAGCAAAGCCAUCCAUUCCUCAGACGAAGACGAGGAUGACGACGAAGACGAGGACUUUGAAGACGACGACGAGUGGGACGACUAGUGAAGAAAUAUGUCCUCUGCACCGACCGCUGACACUAAAAUAUCUUCUAAAAAACCCUUCCAGCAUCAGACUAAAACUGUAAUGUAAAUGUUGUAAGAAUUGGCUGUCUAUUUAUUUUUUUGCCUUUUUUGCUCUUUUUAUUUUAACGAUUAUAAGAAUGAAUCUGUGCAAUACCUCAUCUGUUAGAUCUGUCACACAUUCCCAUCGUUAAAGACUCCUUAGAAAGCACUAAACGCCGCCAUCAGCACAUUUCAUUAUCGACGCUAAACCCUCGCUGCUCCCUGACAGCAGUCUGAACCGAGGCUUCAUCGCUCCUUGGGAAAUAUUGUUUUUCUUGUUUCCAUUCCUCUUCUGAGAAACUGAAAAGGAGACGAGCAAACAGGCAGGAUCCUCUUUGUGUUAGAAUGCUAGAUAACACUAUUUUCUUACCGUGCUUCUUCUGUCGCGUCUCCUAAUGAAGUUUAGUUUAGUCGUGUUCUUUUUUCAUGAAUCCUUUUUUGACCAAAAUGGCUCAGUCGCCUCACGUGUUUUUUUAAUGAAGUUAAAGCCGUUUAUUUGCACACAGUUUAUAUGAUAGCUCAGUGUUGUGUGUUUUUUUAAGUGUGUGUUGAGUUUAUUUGUAUUUAGUUUCAAGCAGGUUACAGUGAAGAUGGACAUUUUUUAAAAAGGUUUUGCGAUAUCGUGACCUUGUUCAAAUGGGACUACAAACAUUUUCUUUGGCUUGAUACAAAAACAUGUCUACACACACACACACACAUUUUGUGAAAUGAUGGAAGUUUUGUUCUUAUGGUCUGGUUGGUUGUUUUUGUUGUGGCAUCUUUCCGUUAUUUCCUGCAGGAGGAAACAUCUCCAGCGCUCUGGUCCCUAUUUCAAAUAUCCCGUCAUGCAGAGAAAAAAAAGAUGGAUAUAAUUCAUCCUCUUCCUUCCAGUUAACAAACUAUCAUUUUAUGCAAUGCGACUGUACAUGCCUCCUCAUGGAGAAUCAUUAAAAAAAAAAAGCAAAUAAUAAAUAAACCAAAUGUGGCAUUUGCAAGCAGCUUGUGGUUCGGCGAUGCCUGAGAUCCCUUUGUGUGUCAACGGAAAAAAGAAAUAGCCGACGCUCGUUUUAACUGUUCGAGUUUUUAACGUCCUCCAGCGAGGCUGAAAGCUGCAUCGAAAGCUGAGAUACUGACAGUGAGCCUGUGAAAAGGGUUGGGAGGGGGGAGGGCAAUGAAAAUACUAAAUUCUAUACUUAAAUAAAUGUUAAUAUUUACAGAGAAA